AUGGCACGUCAAUCCAGCAUCUACGCCGACUCGUGCACCAUCGACGCCAUGCCUGGGCUUGUGACCCGUCACGCCUCGUCCUCGUCGGUGGCCUCUUCAUCCGACCGGCAGGACUCACACUCACCCCCAUCGUCUGCCUCACCACCACCCACCACCACCUUCACCCCCGGCCGCGACAAGGAUAGCCUGACGCAAAGGAUCAACGACAUAUUCCCGAGACUGCUAAGACAGCACUCUGAUCUUGUCUGUGAGCAGCAUGGCGGGGGCGGCUGUCCGCAAGCACAGGCGACACCCACCAGCCCAUCCCCUGCUUGCAGCAACGACUUUGGCAUUACAUAUCUGGAUGAAGGCACCUGGAACCGCGUCUACACCAUCCGUCCCUGCUUCGGACCCGAUUCCAAACUCAUCCUGCGCGUCGCUCUGCCUGUCUUUCGGUCGGUUUCCAAGACGGCAUCCGAGGUGGCCACGAUGGAAUGGGUGCGCAAAAAUACCUGCAUCCCCGUCCCCAGAAUAAUCGCCUAUGAUCCGAGUCCCAACAACGAACUCGGCUACGAAUGGUGCAUCAUGGAAAAGGCUACAGGGGUAGAAUUUACCGAGGCAAGCCUGAAGCUUGAGCAGAAACUCAAUGUGGCCAGGACUCUUGCCGACUGGGUUGACGGUCUUUGUCGGCAUUCUUUUGAUGUCAUUGGCAGUCUUUCCACAGCGGAAGACGAGGCGAGACACAUGAGAUUCGUCACCACGAGCAGCUCAGACCAAAAUGCAAGUCAACAACUUGAACAAGAUCAGAACCGAGGUGGAGACCAAAAGGGAGACCUGAGUCGACACGACAGAACUCGCAGCGGCAGUGGCUCGGACACGUCGGACAGUCACGUCGUGAUGGGUCCGCCCGUCUCCCAGGAGCUUCUCAGUGGCGACUGGCGCGAGGACUACCCAUUCCACCACGGUCCUUUCCACACACCCCUCGACUUUGUACUGUCCCUGAUCCAGUGCCGCGCCGCCGAAGCAGACGACCCUCGCCAGGCCCUGCGCGCCGAAGCCAGAGAGUUGAGGUCGAAGAUUUAUAAACUCGACUUUGAGGGUGCGCUGGCUAGGGGGUUUCUGCCCCUUGACGCAAAACAACAACUCGACGCUGAAAGCGACCAGGAGCGUCUGCGUACCGACCGCCACCGAGAGCUCACAGAAGCGCGUCAGCGCUUGUCAGAGGUCGAGUCGGCAUUGUAUCCCGCUGCCACCGAGGCAGCAGGCGCCCUAUGCGCUGAGUCCAGAGAAUUAAAGGAGAAGCUAGAAGACCUCGACCUCGAGACUGAGAUGGCUGAGUCUGACUGGCCAAGCACCACACAACGAAAACUCGACGCUGAGACCGACGAGGCGCGCACUGACCGCCACAGGGAGCUCGCAAAGGCGCGUGAGCGCAUGAAAGAGGUCCAGUCUGCCUUGUGCCCCCCUGCCGGCGAGUCGGACGUCGAUCUGGACACGUCGCGUUUCCGGCCCUUCAUGCUCGUAGACCAGGCUGAAGCUUGUCGCAAGCUGGAGAAGAUUGCACGAGCCGUGUUCAGUGGUACAAGCGUACGAGAAAUCCCCGAAACGGAAGCCAGGGAAGAUGGAGGCAAUGCUACCAGAGCGGAUAUACCUGCUUGGCUCGAUGAUCACAAGGAGAUGGAGACAUCGUCUGGCUGUUCUGAGGAGGAGAACAGGAAAGAAGACGAGGCAAACACCAGCAGCAGCAGCGCUGACUCAACACCCGCGCCCCAGUUCCAUUCCCACGCCAACCCCGAUCACAACCACGACCAAACCCGCAUCACCGCCUCCCGCUUCGUCCUCCACCACUGGGACAUAUCAAAACACAACCUCCUCGUCGACGCCACCACAGGCCAGCCGACCAGCCUCCUAGACUGGGAACAAAUCUACAGCACGCCGCUCUUCGCCGUGAGUCGGUACCCGCGGCUGAUGCGACACAAAUACGACAAGUGGCAACACAUGUCGCACUACUCGGGGCCUGACGACUCGGAUGAGGAUUCGGAUGGGGAUUCGGAAGAUGUUCUUGAGUGGAAACGGCAAGACCAGCGCGCUAGGAGGGAUUGCUACCACCGCCGGCGCAUGCGGGAGGCGUUCGACGAGAGGCUGCACCAACUGAAUUCGCGGUGGCUGCUGGGGACUACGAGUGGAGUUGGGGAUUGGGAGGAUGAGUAUGAGAGUGAGGAGGAUGAAUUGUAUCCCAAGGAGACCACCAAAGAGGAAACCGAAGAAGAGGAAACCAAGGAGGAAGAGGCCAACAGAAAGGCUAAAGAAGAAGCGAGGAGAACGACGAGAACGUCGUGGCCGUAUAUCGCGAUGCGCGUCUUUGGGGUUGCGAUGCAGGCUUACUACUGCCCGGGAGAGGUAGAGGAGCUGGAGAAGCUGGCUGGGGAGGGGGGGUGGCUUUGA